UACAUAAUGAGUAAAUCAAUUAUAAAGGAAUUCCUUGGAAAUGAAUUGUUUGCCAAUGUGUUGGUAGUUGGUUUGGAUGGCAAGUUGGUAGCGUACAACAAGUUGCCAGAGCCUGGCGAGGUCGAGACAAUGUUGAACAAUUAUAAGAAGCAAAAGAAGUUCGAGUCGAUCAAGUUGAUGGGCGAGAACUACAACAUCUACGUCAAGGACAAGUCCAAGGUGUUUGGACACAGCGAUACCAAAGGAUGUAUCGUAGUGCGAGCAAACAAAGUAUUCAUCGUCGGCAUAUUCCCCAAGAAGCAGGAUGUCAGUCCGCGUCUAUCCUGUCUGGAUCACUACAGUCAACUGUUUGACAGCCAAAUCGAGCCAAUC